AUGUCGCGGCCGCUCAUUUUGAAUGGCUCGAAGGCCAUGAUUCGCGGCUGUCGGCCGUCGCUGCAGCUGGCCUGUGGCCUCGGCACCGUCCUCUUCCAAGAAAAAGCGCUCGUUGCUUCCAGCUUUGGCAACACGGACAUGGACGAAGGCCACGAUUCCGACUGCGACGAUGACGAGUGCGGCGGUUGCAUUGAAGUCGACGACGGCGAAGACAUCAAGGAAGAGCUCACUGAAGACGAGGUGGACUCGGUGUCCCCUGCCGUCGUUGCAAACUUUGACAAGUUCAUGGCGUUCUGUGAGGCCCACGAUGUGCUCAGCAUGGUCGACAUCCGCAAGAACCUCGUGAAGCUCUUCCACCACUUCACGAGCGACGCAUCGACGCUCGACUUUGUCAGCAACCUCUCGGUCAUCUCCGAUGACGUGCCAUCGUGCCUCGACACGGCUCUUGCCCUCCGCACGGAGCUUCCCGAGAUCAUCCCCGGUGGCCUCUCGGAUGCCAACGUCGCGCACUUCAUUGGCGUCCUUCACAACCAUUCCCAAUCGCUUGAAGAGAUCGACGGGAGCGGUUUGUUCCAAUACAUCUCCAAGCUCAACCACUCUUGCCUCCCCAACGUCAAUUUGACUGUCGAUGGCACGACGAUUUGGGCAACGGCCAUCAAGCCGAUCGUAAUCGGUGAGCCGUUGACGGUGGACCUCAUGGAUGUGUUCUACUCGGCCUCCAACGAUCGUGCCGAGGCGCUCGCGACGGAAGAGAUCCACUGCAAUUGCGGGUACUGUACGGGUGCGAUUCCCGACUUUGCUCGCGCUUUCAAGUGCAAGGACACCGCGUGCGACGGCAUCGUGCACCCGACGGCCGAAAAGUACGCCUGUACGACCUGCCAUGCCGCGUGGUCCGACGAAGAAGCGGAAGAAGCCGAAGCGCUGGACAUGCCGCUCAUCGUCGCGCUGGAAGCCGCCACGACGUUUGCCGAGUACGACGCCAUCAUCGCGGCCUCGCCGUUGCACAAGUACCAUCACGUGUGCUACAUGGCACUCGAGAACCUCUCUGCCUCGUGGUCCGAGGAAGACGAUGCUGAAAUCGAGGUCGUUUGCCGCCGCAUGCUCGAGUGCAUCAACUACGUGGUGCCCUACCCUCACGACGAGAAGACGCAGCAUUACGACAACCUGGCGCAGGCGCUCAUCUCGAACGGUAACGUCAACGGCGCCACGGAAGCCUACGAGCGCGCCUACGAGAUGUCGUGCCUCUGCUCCGGCGCCGAGUACGAAAAGUCCGUGUUUUACAAGAAGCUCGUCGAGCACACGCCAGCGUCGCGCGAAGAAUGGAUGGUCGCGUACGGCUUGGACAGCGACGAUGAAGAUGAAGAAUAG